CUUGGGGCUGAGCCUGAGAUGUCUCCCCUCACCCCGCUGACUGUGACAGAGCUGUCUGUGAGCACCUGUGGAGCUGCUGUCGGGCCGGGACGCUGAGGACUGUGGGCCUAGAGUUGGGAAGAAGCAGGAGACCCUAAGAACCGCCUAACCAGAUGGAUAGGUGUGGAUGCCCACUUGACCCCCUGGCUGUGCUCCUCCUAGUCCACAAAAUGAGACUGUGAAAGCAGACACUCCCAGGGCUCCUGCAGAGAUUUCACUGUGGAUGAUGGGUGACGACAGACUCUUGGACCACCCCCAGCCGGUGGAAUUGCUCAGUAUCUGCUUGGGAGACAACCUGCAGUCCUGCCCAGAAGCAUGUCUGAGGGAGACAGGCCACCACCCAGAUCCUCUGGAACCUCUUGGGGAGCACACCUGGACCUUCAACCCUCCUGAACCCACCAGGCAAGAUGCUCCUCCCAGGAGCUCUGGUAUGGAGCCUGACUAUGUGGGAAACUGCUCUUCACAGAGGGAGCUCAGGCCCGUAGCAGCAUUGUCAGAUGCACAGGGUGAUGGCUGUACCCUGGGGGCUCCACCGCAGAGCCAGAGCUCGUCCACACAGGUGGUGUUCUGGGCUGGCAUCCUGCAGGCCCAGAUGUGCGUCCUGGACCUGGAGGAAGAGCUGGAAAAGACAGAAGGACUGAAGACCAGGCUGAGGUGCUGCCUCCCCACGUCCACUCCAGACCUCUCUGGUGACACAGGCCUACACCCCAGCCCACCCACAGAAGGGGACUCUGGGGAAGACAGCAGUGGCCCUGAGGGGGAGAACCAAGCCUGGCCCAGGGAAGGAUCCUCUCCAGAGUGGGGUCCCGAGGAGGAGAGCGUGUUCUUCGACAACCCCCUCUUCCUAGAGAGCCCUGCCUCUGACAUCAGUGUUUCCAGGGAGUGCUUUUCCUGGGGCUUCCCAGACUCCCAGGCAGAUGUGAGGCCUGGGUCUGACUGGCCAUUCCCAUGCGACAGCAGGCCCUUGGAGCUAGGAAAUGAGCUGGAUUUGGGGGGCAGCACUGCUGGAUCCAGUGGGUGCACCACCCCUCCAUUCCCGGUGCCUCCCUACAAAUCACACCCCUUCUGCUGGACCUCGGUGGCCACUACCGAGGGAACUCCCACAGCACCACCUGCUCAGGAGGAAGGCGAGGCUUUUUUGGAAGAUGAUCGUGUCCCUGCCUCACCUGCAGAACCCUUUGUAGACAAAACAUCUACCUGGGAGACAGCACACCUUGGGUUGGACCUUAGCCCUACCACUCAUCCUACACAGCCAUGGGCCCCACCGAGCGCUGAGGGCUGGCAGACAGAAGAGGGUCCUUGCUGGCACCAGGACAGAGGUGAGCUGGAUGCCAGGUGUCCUCAGGAACCUACUGCCUGCACCUUCACUCCCAGCCCCUGUGGGAGCCCAGCAUCCUCACCUGAGCCUGGCAGCCCUGUGUCUAAGGGCAGAGGCCCGGGGCCCAUGCCCACCCCAGUGUCCUCCCAGGAGGGCAGCCUGCAGCUCCAGCACCACAGCCCUGGCAUUUUCCCCAAGUGGCCACUAAAUGCCUCACACCCUUUGCUCCUGGAAAUAGAUGGGAUAGAGCCAAGUUCCCUGAAGAAAGAAGAGGCUGGGGAGGCCCCAGACCCAGAGCAGGAAGUAGAGAGUAAAGGCACAGCUAGGAUUGCAUUGGCUGCAGGCGUCCAGCCCAACAUUAACUGGACUUCUACAGAAGGGUCUUCCGAGAGCCCCAUGCCCCAGGCACAGUCCCCCAAGGAAGACCAGAGGUCACCAGGUGGAGAUAAGCUGGCGAAUGGUAUAAGGAAUGACAAAGUGGCUUGGAACUUGGCUUCUCGGCUCUAUCACCUGGAUGGUUUCCGGAAAUCAGAAGUGGCUGCCUACCUACAGAAGAACAAUGACUUCAGCAGGGCUGUGGCUGAGGAGUACUUGUCCUUCUUCCAGUUUGGAGGCCAAAGCCUGGACUGCGCCCUCCGGGCCUUCCUCCAAGCCCUGGUACUCAGCGGGGAGACACAAGAGCGGGAGCGAAUCCUCUACCAGUUUUCUAGACGCUUCUACCACUGCAACCCUGAGGCCUUCCCCUCAGUAGAUUCCAUACACACCUUGACCUGUGCCAUCAUGCUUCUUAACACAGACCUGCAUGGACAGAACAUUGGAAAGAGCAUGAGCUGCCAGGAAUUCAUAGCCAACCUGAAUGGCCUACAGGAUGGUGGGAACUUCCCCAAGGAGCUGCUGAAGGCCCUCUACUGGUCUAUCCGAAACAAGAAGCUUGAGUGGGUUAUGGAUGAAGAAGAGUCAGCCACAACAGAGAAGGCCCGGCCGUCUCCCCCAGCUGGCAAGAUGAGUAAGCCCUUUCUCCAGCUGGCUCAGGACCCCACGGUGCCCACCUAUAAGCAGGGCAUCCUGGCACGGAAGAUGCAUCAUGAUGCAGAUGGCAAGAAGACACCAUGGGGCAAGCGUGGCUGGAAGAUGUUCCACACCUUACUGCGAGGAAUGGUUCUCUACUUCCUGAAGGGAGAGGACCAGUCCUUGGAUGGGGAGAGCUUGGUUGGGCAGAUGGUGGAUGAGCCUGUUGGGGUACACCAUGCGCUGGCCACCCCAGCCACCCACUACACCAAAAAGCCACACGUCUUUCAGCUGAGAACUGCAGACUGGCGCCUCUACCUCUUCCAAGCACCCACAGCCAAGGAGAUGACUUCCUGGAUCGCGCGCAUCAACCUGGCUGCAGCCAUGCACUCAGCACCGCCCUUCCCCGCCGCCGUUGGCUCCCAGCGCCGGUUUGUGCGGCCUAUCCUGCCAGUUGGUCCGGCCCAGAGCUCCUUGGAGGAACAGCAUCGAUCCCACGAGAACUGCCUGGACGCCGCCUCGGAUGACCUGCUGGAUCUACAGAAGAAUUUACCUGAGCAGCGGGGCCGCAGCCGCGUUCUGGAAGAGCACCGCCUGCGGAAGGAGUACUUGGAGUACGAGAAAACCCGCUACGAGACGUAUGUGCAGCUGCUGGUGGCUCGUCUGCGCUGCCCCUCUGGGGACCUGGAUCUCUGGGAGGAGCAGCUGGGGAGGGAAGCUGAAGACACCAGGGAACCCAAACCCAGCCUGAAGAAGUCCCACUCGAGCCCCUCCCUGCACCAGGAUGAGGCCCCCACCACAGCCAAGGUGAAGCGCAACAUCUCUGAGCGCAGAACCUACCGCAAGAUCAUCCCCAAGAGGAACCGCAAUCAGCUGUGAAGCUGGUUCCAUCUCACAGACCUGCCCCCUUUCUGGGGUAGAUGGAGAUGAUGCCCUUAACAGAACUUCAUUUUACUGGGUCGAAGAUGAGGCCUGAGGUGCCUCCCUUCUCUCCUGAGGGGCAGCACUUGCUUCCCUUGUGACUCUAUUCAUUCCCUGGCUUACUGGAGCAUCCCUAAUGCUGCUGUGCCUGCCCAUCACUGCCGUGACAGUCACUGUGCUGCCCCAGUCCCUGGCCCCUCCUGAGGGAAGAAUGAGGUGGAAUGAGGACUGGGUUCCACUCCCAGCGUUCAUCUCAUGUCACCCCCAUCCCUCAGAACCAGGUGGCUUCAUAUGCUGUGCUCACUUGAACCUGGGGGAGGGUUCAGGCCAGGCCAGCCAGGGGAGCCCCAGCCUUGAGGACAGUUAGAUGACCUGCCAGGGGAUGCCCCAGAACAGAGCAGGAACUCUUCAGGGAACUCAGUGGUGACCCAGGGAGCAGUGUCUUCCAGCCCUGCCCACUAGGGGGCAGGUUUCUGGGAAGGCCCUCAGAUGCUUCUCUCGCCCAGUGCCCUUGUCUCCCCUGGCUCCUUCCCCUACAGCUGUCCUACUCUGGGAAGAUGAGAACCUGGUGCUCAGUUGCUGAUCAACAGAGCACAGCGAGGGCCUCUGGAGCUCUGUGGAAAUCCCUGGAGUGCCGGGAACAAGGACCCUUUGUUUUCCAAGAGCAGAGGUGUACCUAGCUGGCAAAGGUGGAGGGGUAAAAGGUGGGGACAGUUCCCCUGCCCCGGGGGGGUGCUCUGCCUGGCCAGAGCUGUAGCUGAGUAGAAAUUCCUGGGAUAGAAUGGAGGCAGGAGACCAGGGCCUCCUCAGUCAGGCAUGGGAGAUACCUCCACUGCACACCCCUUAAAGAUGCACUUCUUAGGGCACCAAGACACUUUCCUCCCCCUGAGCUGGUUUCCCAAGGCUCUGCUGUCCUCCCCUGGGAAGUCCCCUUGUUCUGCUCUCUGGCUGCCUCACAGCCAGACUUGUUCUCCAGGGGCAGUUUCAAGACUGGGACUUGGGGCUGUGUCUGUGGGAAGGAGGAUGGGUUGAAGGGAGCCACCACUAUUGUUUCUGUUCAGCCAAGUAUACAGAUAGGCUGUCUGCCAAGUGGGGCCCUCUGCUGCCCGCCUAUUGCCAUGCUGCCUCUCCUGCCUUCCUGCCAGGCUACCCUCCUCCCUUCUGAUAAUGCUUGCCACAGAGUAGGGCUGGUCCUUGAGAGCCUCGAAGUUGCCUCUGGCCAGAGCCUGGGUUGGGCCAUGCACCCAAUGGGUGUGCAAUAAAUAUAGGUGAUCGAAGAAGGAAGUGCGCACGAGUGCAUGGGGAUGGGAGGUCAGGCAGCUGCAGGAUGUGGCAGGCCUCAUUCUCCUUUGCCCCUGUGUUGUGUGCACAUUUGUCAUGUGUAUAGAGAACUCUGGGUGUUCAUGUAUAUGGUGGAAUCCCAGUCGUAGUGUGUCAAAGCUGGAUGGAGUCUCAGAAUCAUUUUCUCAUCCACUCAUCAAUUUCACAAAUAUUCUUGGGCCCUUCACAUGCACCAGUCCUAGAUGAUCCAAAAGUGAAAUAAACAUGUGCUGACUCUGUGAAUUGAUAGUCUGCUCACUAUUCCCCAGCUCUUAGGAGAGAUGUACUUUAUCUUUCUGGGAAGUUAAUUCCUGUCACCCAUCCAGGGAUUCUGACUCAGGAGGACUGUUGGACUGAAGGGUAUAUGUGUUUAAAUUUCCUUGGAUAACUCUGAGGUGUGAUAACAGUGAACAGCAACACCAGAGUCCAUUUAUCUCAUUUUAGGUAUAAACAGCAUCAUGCCUCGGUCCAGGUCCGAUGCUUACAAGUGAAAUGGCCUUAAUGGGUUCUUUAACCUCAUUGACUGUGUAUGCUUAUUUAUAACACCAGAAUAAAAGGUACAG